AUGGAGGCGAUCACUUCUCAUCCUCCUCACUCACUUCCCCAGCGUCCGAAGUACCCUUUAGGUCAACCACCAGAAAAUUCCCUUAGGUAUGCUCGUCGUCCGAUCGAUUGUUGGAGGGCUCCUUUGGUCAAUCCCUCUUCGAAUGUGAAGUCAAAACCAGAUCAACAUGCUGGGCCUGCUGUAUCUGAGGAGACCAGCAUAUCUGCCACCAGCCUCCACGAAGAUGAGUAUGACCCAUCCUUGGAAGUACCUGGGAUGACAACGUACAAGCGAUCAAGGGAGGCCAAUUGCACUGGAAAGGAAAUGGAAUGUAUAGAAGAGGAAGGCACCACCGUCAUCUGUGGGUCUAUGGAAGAUGAUACACCUAUAAAGAAAAGAAAAUUACCCAUCAAACGUACACCCCAGUCUUCGCCUACACCCUCAUCACAACUUGACGGCUUGUCAAUGACUGUCGAACAUACCGAGACAGUUGGUACGUUUAUCGUGCCUCAGAGUUGCGAUGGCAGAAGCUACACCGUCCAACCCUCCGUUAAUCACUAUUCGUUGCCCACUCCUCGAACUACCCCUAUCACCACUCAAUUUUCUCAUGAUUUCACCGCUGAUACCGUAGCUCAUACUGCUGCCCUGUUGGCUUUCUUAUCGGAAUCUCAUCUCCAAGCAGCUGUAUCUCUUCUGCCUUCAACCUUGUCACCGGCACAUAGACAAGCCUUGGUCGAUCUCGAAGGACGAAUGUCAAAGGUGGAUGACGACAGGUCUUUCCUCACGACAAAGGUAUCGUCCCUCGAGGAGAAACUCGACUUCAAAACCAAGGAAUUGAGAGACCAUGAAAUUAUUUAUGCAGGUGUAGAAAGCGAGCUCAAGAUUACCAAGGAGAAAUAUCGAAAGCUGAAAAUCCUGUACGAGAAGAAAGACGAGACGGUGCAGUCUCUGAAAAAGUCGAUAGGAGAUAUGGAGGAUCGACAUGAACAGCAUAUCCAAAGGAAGGUCAAGGACUUAGAGAUUGAACAUACCCUCAACCUCGCAAGUAGAAUUGUGGAGAUCGAAUCUCAAAAAGAGGAAGAAUCAAGAGGUAAAGUGGAAGAGCUCGGAGAGAAGCAUCAGUCGGAGAUGAUAGAGAAGUUGAAGGAAGUUGAUGUUCAACACAAACUGGAAAUUGCACUGAUUAAGUCAGACUGUGCGGCACAGGUCAAGGAUUGGCGGGAUCAAGCUGAAAGUCUGAUUCAAGAGAGGGAUCAACUCAGAGUGAAUGCUAUGGCUCAAGAGGUAGAACGAGAAGUGGUGGAUCGGAACUUGGAAAAAUCAAGGAAGGAUGAAGCCCAUUUAUCAGAAGCACUGAAACAAAGUAACCUUCAAAAUCAAGCGAAUCGAUUGGAAAUUGACAGUCUGAUUCUUCAGGUAAUGGAACUGGGUUCAGCUUUCACAUCUAAAGAAGGGAAGAUACAUUGUUUGGAGACGGAGAAGGACGUCUUGGAGAAGUUGAUAGAAGAGAGAGAUGUUGAAGUAGACAAACUCAAUAGCAAGAUGACCUCGAUCGAAAACCUAUCAAACUUCCUUCAACAGCAGAAAGAUACAAAGGUAACCAGUCUUAGUGUUGAGAAUGAGGCCCUUAAGGUAUCCAGAACAAAUCUCGAAGCUAAGAUUGUGGAGAUGGAAUCCAAGGCGAAGGAGCAGCAUGAAAAGUCAUUGAAGACACAAGAAGAGCUAAGUAUAUACAUCUCAAAGGCUAAAAGGUAUGAACAACUAAAGAAGGACUUCGAUUCACUCGCGAAAGAUAUGGAACUGCUCGAUAAAGAAUAUAAGCACUGUCAAAGCGAAAAUCAAAUCAAGAGCCAACAAACGGUCAAUCUCACUUCCCAAAUUGAGUCUUUACGAUCGAGUGUGGCCCAGAGACAUUCACAGGUCGAAAGGCUCAAUGAACAGAAUCUUACUGCUCGAAUCAAGAUCUUUUCCACCGAAGAUGAAAAGAAGGAAUGGAUGAAACUCGCCGAGGAUCGGCAAAGAGAUAAUAUGGAGUUGCAGAAGAAAGUGGAGAGGCUAGAGAAACAACGUUCCGAAUUUUGCACGCCAACUGUAGCCAGAUCAUCAGUGAGAUCUACAAAGGAGUUAGAAAUGAUUAGGAAGGAGAAAUCAGCUCUCGAGAAAGAACUGAAGGAAAUACAGAGUGAACGAGUGUGGUUUUGGGAUGUGAUUAACGGGUAUAAGGACAAAGAUGCUUCGGCAAAAGCGGAUCUGGGUCAAAUCGAAGAGCUAAACAGAAGACUCGAGGAGGAACUAGAUGAGGCGAAGAAUUCAUGCGAUCAUCUAAAAGCCAGUCUUGAGCUUGCGGAGAUGAAGGAGCAAGAGUCUGAAGUCCAACUUGAACAGAUAUCAGCAGAGAAUAUCACAUCAAAUAAUACCAUUUCUAUGCUUCAAGAACAGAUUGCAUCGUUGCAGGAAAAGGUGAAGAAGCUUGAGAAGUGUAGAGUCGCUCUAGAGAAGUCAGAGAAAGAGAGAGAGACCGAAUCAGGUUCUGAACGACUAUUGACGGUUCAAUCACCUUCAACCGAUCUAUUCGAAAAGCGACUUGCUAAUUCCCAACAGAGAGUUACGGAUCUACAGCUUGAAAUCGCAGGGAAAGAUGAUGAGAUUGGCAAGCUGAAGGAUUUGAAGAAAAAUCUUGAAGUUAGAUGUAAUAAUUUGGAUCAGUCGCACAAAGAUAGAGACAGAAGGCUGUAUCUGUGUAUAACGAAGAUCAAGGAAUUGGAAAGAUCCAUUGCCAUUGGUGAGAAAGAGGGAGUGAUUGCCAAUCUCACUCAAGAGGUAGGAGUAAUUCGAGGAUUGAAAUUGCAGAUGGAAGAACGGAUCAAAGAGAAGGAGGAAACUAUCCGAAUGCUAAACCAGAAGCUGGUCGAGUUCCAAUCCGACUUAGACAGAUAUAUCUCGGCUUAUCAGCUACCGCGACAAGAUCUGUCUAUUCCGAAUCAUAUCCUUAGAAAUAUGACCCAGCUCAAAACACGGCAUGAACAAUCGACUUCAUUCAGAUCAAAGAUCAUGGAGAGAGUGGCCAAUAGAGCAAACCAUUUGCAAGACCUCAUGACGGAUCAUCGAUCAAUGAAGAAUGAAAGAAGCUACAAUGUGUCUAAAAGAGAGUAUGAACAUUGUUCACACUUGUUGAACAUGUUGAAAGAUUUGGAUGGUAAUGAGCGACAGCUUGGAAAGCUGAUCGAUGAGAUGAAAGCUUGA